GGUAAAUCCUGAUCCAGCCUCUGACUGUAACACGGCUCCGAGCCCUCUCUGCUCUCCCCUGUAGUGUAUUUUUCAACCCUGCUUCGGCUGCUUCCCUCCCCCUGUUCCGCCGCCAUUAAAGCCCGUCAACCUGGGAUUUGAUCGGCAAAAAGGAUUAAAAUGAUUUGAAGCGUCGGAACCAGCAAAACAGGGACGGGACUUUGGGGGGGAUAUUGUUCAUUGGACCUUACACUUACUGCCAGUUGAACGGCAACCUCCAACAGAAAGAAGUAAAUAUGCGGUUAGUGUCGUGCAAGUGAGAAAAUCCCGACUUCGGACCGGAGGAGAGGGGUUCUCCGUCCGGGAGGGGAAGCAGCAGGACACCGAGGAGUAUGAACACGGCAAAGCAGAGCGCACUGCUUGCUGUGUGAUCUCCUUGAGAGCCGAGCUGCCAGUCCCACUGAACGGCUGGAAGCCUCCUCCGGCGGCGGCGCGACGAUGACAGAGCUGGUUGCCAAGUGGGCCUGUGAAUACUGCACAUACGAGAACUGGCCGUCAGCCAUCAAGUGCACCAUGUGCCGCGCUCAGAGGCCCAGCGGGGGUGCCAUCAUUACUGAGGAGCCCUUUAAGAGCAGCCCUGCCCUAGAUGCCAGUCUGCAUCAGUGGGACCCCGCAGACCUCAGCAACAGUCCGUCUCAGGGGGGCUCCAGCCUGCUGAUUUGUCCGGAUUCCAGCGCGAGACCCCGCGUCCGCGUCACCGACGUUCCUGAGACGAGUAGCAAGUGGUCGUGUCACAUGUGCACCUACCUGAACUGGCCUCGAGCCAUCCGCUGUACCCAGUGCUUGUGUCAGAGGCAACAGGCUCAACAACAACAACAACAACAACAGCAGCUGCAGCAGCAGCAGCAGCAACAGCAGCAGCAACAGCAGCAUGGUCACCAUGCAACUCGUCAAGGACAUCACACCCAGCAGCCACGAAGCCCCACGGAGUCGCCGCAGACCUCGGGCUCCGGAUGCCGCCCCGCUGCCCCUGUCACCGCCACAGACCCCUGCGAGGAAUACAACGACCGCAACAGGCUCAACACCCACACGCAGCACUGGACCUGCACUGCAUGCACUUACGAAAACUGGGCCAAGGCACUCAAGUGCGUCGUGUGCGACCAUCCCCGGCCCAACAGCCUGCUUGCCGAACCCAUCGAGCUGGCGUCGGAGCCCGAGAGCCAGCAGCCGUCCUCCAAGCUCAACGAGCAGGACAGGGACAACAGGAGGGGCGUCGUCGGGCAGGGAACUGGGUGUGUGGUGGGGGGAGUGGUGGGCUGCAGCAGCAGCCAGAGGAGGUCUCCGCCGUCCGAAAAACGGGAGUCUGAGGUGAACAUGGACUUCCAGAGAAUCGAACUGGCGUCGGGAGCGGGGAUUGGGAGCAAAGAGGAGCUGGAAGUGGAUUUCAAAAAACUGAAGCAAAUUAAGAACAGGAUGAGAAGGACGGAUUGGCUCUUCCUGAACGCAUGUGUUGGCGUCGUGGAAGGUGACCUGGCAGCGGUGGAAGCUUACAAGACGUCCGGAGGGGACAUAGCGAGGCAGCUGACGUCAAACGAAGUGCGGCUCUUAAACAGACCCUCGGCUUUCGACGACGGCUUCACGCUGGUUCACCUGGCCAUCCGCUUCCAGAGGCAGGACAUGCUGGCAGUCCUGCUCACAGAGGUGUCCCAGCAGGCGGCCAAGUGUAUCCCGGCCAUGGUGUGUCCCGAACUGACGGAGCAGAUCCGCCGCGAGGUGGCGGCCUCUCUUCACCAGCGCAAGGGCGACUUCACCUGCUACUUCCUCACUGACCUGGUCACCUUUACCCUGCCUGCAGAUAUUGAGGACUUGCCUCCUGCGGUUCAGGAGAAGCUCUUCGACGAGGUGCUGGACCGAGACGUCCAGAAAGAACUCGAAGAAGAGUCUCCCAUCAUCAACUGGUCUCUGGAGCUCGGAACGAGACUGGACAGCCGGCUCUAUGCACUCUGGAACCGCACGGCGGGGGACUGCCUCCUCGACUCGGUGCUGCAGGCCACGUGGGGCAUCUACGACAAGGACUCUGUGCUCCGCAAGACUCUUCACGACAGCUUGCACGACUGCUCACAUUGGUUUUACAGCCGCUGGAAGGAGUGGGAGUCGUGGUAUUCCCAGAGUUUCGGCUUGCACUUCUCCCUCCGAGAGGAGCAGUGGCAGGAGGACUGGGCCUUCAUCCUGUCGCUCGCCAGCCAGCCAGGAUCCAGCUUGGAGCAGACCCACAUUUUUGUUCUUGCACACAUACUUCGUAGGCCAAUCAUCGUGUACGGAGUGAAGUAUUACAAAAGCUUCCGAGGCGAAACAUUGGGCUACACUCGUUUCCAAGGUGUGUACUUGCCCCUUUUGUGGGAGCAGAGUUUCUGCUGGAAGAGCCCCAUCGCUCUGGGUUACACGCGAGGCCAUUUCUCAGCACUGGUCGCCAUGGAGAACGACGGCUUUGACAAUCGCGGCGCAGGCGCCAACCUCAACACAGACGAUGACGAGACGGUCACGUUCCUGCCCCUGGUCGACAGCGAGAGGAAGCUGCUUCACAUCCACUUCCUGUCGGCACAAGAAAUGGGGAACGAAGAGCAACAGGAGAAGCUCCUUCGAGAGUGGUUGGACUGCUGCGUGACAGAAGGCGGCAUUCUGGUGGCGCUGCAGAAAAGCUCCCGCCGCCGCAACCACCCGCUCGUCACUCAGAUGGUGGAGAAGUGGCUGGACGGCUACAGGCAGAUCCGGCCCUGCGCCUCGCUGUCGGACGGCGAGGAGGAGGAGGAGGACGACGACGAGUGACUGAACUGAAGCGGAAGGAGGGAGCGGGUCUGGAGGAGGCAGGACUCCUCCCUCCUCUCUAUUUAUUUUUAUUUCACCUUUCAUUUUUUUGGUUUUAUUUUUGAUUUUCCUUUGUUUUUUAAUUUUUUUUUUCGACACGGACAAACUGUGAAAGCCUCCAGCAGAGGACAGGGAACCACAA